AUCGUCACACCAAGAGACCGAAUGGUUCGCUUGGCAACUCACAAAUGGACAGUGUUGAGCUUAAUAGCUCAUACCCGAGCUAGAAAUGCGAUGAUCAACGACGAAUCCCUGCGAGAUCGUCUGUAUGGACUCGUGCCAAAUGCUUACUUGGAAAAGCUACGAAUGAUUCACAAGAAGAAAAUACCGCUACAAACCGAAAGGGUGCGUUUGUUUGAGAUCUUUCUAGAAGAUCUGACAGAAUGGUGGAGAGAUCUUUUAAAGGAGAUAACACUUUUUGGGAUAGGCAACUCAACGAAACCGACUUAUAUGCGCCUUGCUGAUGUUCAACAUCGAACGAGGUCAUCACAAGAUAUGCUUUCAUACGUUGAAAAGAUGUCCGGCUCACGCGAAGAUAAUGCUCAGUUGUUUGCCGCCCUAUGCAGAUCUUUAGGCAUUCCUGCCCGACUGGUGAUCAGCAUUCAAUGUCCAGGUUGGACAGCCUCUCCUUCCUCAACAAAAUCGAAUGCUGUAGCCAACUCCAAUGAGACACCUGCAAAGAUCGAUGAAAAUGAUUAUCGAGGGGAGAAAUGGCGAGGAUUGGAUAAGCCACUCGAAGUCAAAUACCAACCAAAGUUGCGAGCUAUCAAGGCGAAACCAUUGAAACCUACAGAAGUAGCUGCUGAGGAAGCAGAUGCAGAACCUAUUGAUACACAAUCGCCGCCUACGAUGUGGGUUGAAGUAUUUAGCAAACCAUGGCAAAAAUGGAUCACUGUAGAUCCUAUUCGAGGAAUCGUGACACCUACUGGAAACAGACGAAUGGAACCAAGCAAUUCGGACAAAUCUAAUCGAUUAGUAUACGUGCUUGCAUUUGAAGAAGACGGUCAUGCAAGAGAUGUGACUGCUCGAUAUACCCGCACACUAUACAGUCGUAUUAGUCGUAUGCGUCCCCCAUCGACAAAGAAAGGAGGUGAAGAAACGGAUUGGUGGUCUCGUGUUGUGGCUUCUGUACAGCGUCAAGAGCGUUUUGCAAGAGAUUUUGAGGAAGAUGAAGAAAUGCAAACUGCAGCUUCUCGGGAACCUAUGCCUUCUAGCGUUGCAGCAUUCAAAGAUCAUCCAGUGUAUGCUCUCGAAAAGCAUUUGAAGCGAGAUGAAGUCAUCUUUCCGGCCAAACAAGCUGGAACAUUUCAAGGUACACCAGUUUUUCUACGUGCAAAUGUGAUUGCAUGUAGAAGUUCACGUCAAUGGUACAAUGAAGGAAGGGUGAUAAAUGAAGGCGAAGAUGCAUUAAAAUGGGUAAAAAGUCGAGGCUAUACCCUUGCUAACAAAAGAGCAGAAGAAGAAGCACGUCAACAAGGUAUGGAUGGUUUGCAAGAAGGUCUUUAUGCACCUUUUCAAACGGAAGUCUAUACAGCACCUCCUGUGGUGGAUGGAAAGAUACCCACAAAUGCAUUCGGAAAUGUGGAUCUGUUUGUUGACAGUAUGUUGCCGCCAGGAGGUGUGCAUAUCCCGUACAACGGUGCAGGUAAAGUGGCUAAAAAGUUGGAGAUACCCUAUGCAGAAGCUGUGGUAGGUUUUGAAUUUCGUAAACAUCGCGGAAUGCCAAAGAUUAAAGGUAUCGUAGUAGCUGAAGAAUAUGGUGAAACUGUUACGGAGGCAUUUUUGGAGUACGAAGAAGAAGCAGCUGCAAAGGAUGCCAAACGAAAGAAAGAACAAGCUCUCAAAGCAAAAAGAAAGGAGAUCAAUGCCGUCAAAAUCAAAGCAAGAUUGCAACGUGAUUAU